AUGGUCACCAAAGCAACAUCGGCGAAGACUUCCUCAGCUCCUACGAAAGCUACGUCUUUUGUAGCCUCAUCAAAGACGACAUCCGUACGAGCCGGACUCAGUCUCACAAAGCCCGGAAGCGGCAAUACCAAUCCCAUCCAACAUGGAAAGAUGGGACAAGCAGAACGGGCGUUCAGCGCGGCGUCCACCUUUCUCUCCGGCAUCAUGGCCAUCUCGGCCUCGCAGUUCAUCGGCGCUCCUCUGAAACUCGUGGACCCCAAGUUCUACGCGGCUUACAUGGCCUGGACAAAAGAGUCGUUCGCCAUCCUCGUGACAACAAUCACCCAAUUCUGGUCGCCGACAUUGAUCCGAGUCAGCGGCGACGAAAGCAUGCAAGGCCAACUAUAUCAAAUGCCCGACGGCAGUCUCAAGUGCAACUUUCCCCACAGACUCGUGCUCAUGGCCAACCACCAACUCUACACCGACUGGCUGUAUCUUUGGUGGAUCGCAUACACCAACAAAAUGCACGGCCACAUCUACAUCAUCCUCAAGGAAAGCCUGAAAUCCCUUCCCAUCCUAGGCUGGGGAGCGCAAUUCUACAACUUCAUCUUCCUCUCGCGCAAGUGGGAGACGGACAAGGCCCGCUUUAAGAGCGCGUUGAAUCGCCUCAAGAGCGCGCGUAGACCGAUGUGGCUUCUCAUCUUUCCGGAGGGCACAAACUUGUCCGCUGUCACGAGGGAGACGUCUGCGGCGUGGGCGAAGAAAUCCGGGCUGCAGGAUAUGAAGCACCAGCUCUUGCCCCGGACGACGGGAUUGCAAUUCUGCUUGCAGGAGUUGCGCGGCACGACGAACUGGCUGUACGACUGCACCAUUGCGUACGAAGGCAUUCCCAACGGCAUGUACGGGCAGGACAUCUUCACUCUCCGCUCGUCGUUCUUCGAAGGUCGGCCGCCCAAGUCCGUCAAUAUGUUUUGGCGACGGUUCAAGCUCGCCGACGUCCCGCUGGACAACGACGAGGCGUUCGCGAGGUGGUUGAACAACCGCUGGCGAGAGAAGGAUUACAUCCUCGAGUACUUCUACAAAUACAACCAGUUUCCCGACGAGGCUCCUCAGCAGGCGCUUGCAGCCGCACGAGGCCAGAAGAAGCCGAAGCACGCCAAAGCCAUUUGCACGGAAGUCAAAGGCGAAGGUUGGCAGGAGUUUUUGAGCAUUUUCGGACCCCUCACUACCGCAGCCGGCGCGCUCUUGCGAAGCAGCAGACUGUGA